AUGGGAGGUGCCGAGAGUCCCUUCUGCCAGCAUUGUGGUGUAGUGGUUAAGGUCGAGACUUUACGCUGCAGUAUCCGGGUUCGAGUUCCUCGGGGGGUGCUGGCAAGGCCUAGGCGAGGUCGAGCCUGCGGUUCACUCUGGAUGGGAAUACCUCUCGGCAAGCAAGGCUACGCGAAAUUCAAUUACCAGCUCUUUAUCACCUUAAAUGAAAUAGGGUGA